CGGUGCCGUUGUGGGCGCUUCCGGCGGCGCAGGCGGCGGCCCGGGCGGGGCCAUGGGCCGGGGCGGGCCCGCCAUGCGCUACAACGAGCGGGAGCUGCUGUCCCUGGCCCGCCAGCCCGCCGAGAAAGCGGCCGAGAUCCGCAUGAGCGUCCCCAAGAAGGGCAACGUGCUGAAGAAGCGCCUGGUGAAGCUCGUGGUGAAUUUUCUCUUCUACUUCCGCACUGAUGAGGCCGAGCCCAUUGGAGCUCUGCUGCUGGAGCACUGCAAGAUCACCAAAGAGGAGGAGAACGUCUUCUCCAUCAGUUUCAUCGAGGAGCCAGAGCGAAAAUACUGCUUCGAGUGUGCCACGGAGGAGCAGUGCCAGGAGUGGGUCGAGGCACUCAGGAGAGCCAGCUACGAGUUCCUGAGGAGGAGCCUGAUUUUCUACAGGAACGAGAUCCAGAAGAUGACAGGGAAGGACCCCCUGGAGCAGUAUGGAAUCUCUGAGGAAGCUCGUUUCCAGCUGGGAGCACACAGGCAGUAACCCUCACCGGCUGCAGCUGCCUCCACAGCAGCUCCCCACACUGACCACGUGACUUUUUUAUUUAUUACCCCAAUCAUUUUGUAUUUUUUUUAAAGGAAUUCGUUGCACAUUCCCAGUGACCCAGCUGGGGGGGGCUGAGCUCUUCUGUGGGUGCUGCAGUGGGAGCAGAGUCCCCAGCCCUGGGGUGGGCAGAGGCAGGGGCUGACAGAGCCCCCAGCUCCUCCAGGCCAUGCUGGGGCCACCCAGGCCAGCUCCACCUUUCUGCUCAGCUUCCCUGGCUCAGGAUCCUCCUGCAGGCUCCCAGGAGCCAGCCCAGGGCUGGAAGAGGAUGUGACUGAUGCAUUUCUGGGCUCCAAAUUAACCCCCUCCUGCCCUCUGGGGAGGAGUGGGAAUUCCUCCAGCUCAGCCACAGCUCCAGCUGAUGGAGAGGGGCAUCUGCAGCCCUGUGCAGCCACGGCCUUUUGGGGUCUUCUUUUCCCUCCCCUGGGCAGGUGCUGCAGUUCCAGGGGGCUGGAUAAGCCCAUCCAAAAGAACAAAGCUGCAGAGCACGAGGGAACAAAGACAGGGAGAGAUCCCUGUGUGAUCCUGCCUGCCUGCAGAGCUCUGCAGUGAUCCAGCUUCCCUGGGAGCAGAGGCAGAUGGAGAAGCUGGCAAAGGCAGGAGCUGCUCCCUUUGGCUGGAGGAUGGAGCUGCAGGACAUGCCCCAGCUCAGCCAGGCAUUAACCCUUCAUUCCCUGAGCCACUGCUGCAGCUUUUCUCCCCUCUGUGUAUCCUCUUUGUCCAAAGGGACAGACCAAAAACCUGUGCCAAGGUCACAGUGAGCUGCCAGGGAACCAGGGCUGCCUGUCCUGGAGCUCCUGCAGGGAAGAGAUAAGGAUUAGGAACAACAUCCCCACAUAAUCAGCCCUGGCUCUGGCUGCACCAAGGAAAACUGCCCAGACCUGAGGGAUGGAGGACACUCCCCACACCCAGGGCUGCAGCAGACCCAGAUUCUUGACUGCCUGAGCAUCUUCUCUGGAACCAGCCCGGGAAAACUCCCAGGAAAGGCCCCUGGGAAGGUCCCAGGAGUCACUGUCAGAGGCUGCUGGCAGCAGGAAUGGGGCUUGGGCUGGGGCAGGGCGGGGGCUUGGCCUGGCCUUGGGGAGCUGCAGCUCUGGGCAUUGUUCCCCUCCAGCUGCCCAGCCCAGGGAGGGGGUGGAGCAGCCUCUGAGCUGGGCUUGAAAGGAAUUUUGGGGUCUUUUCCUCCUUGGCUGGGAGUUAAUGCCCAAGCCAGAGCCCACACUGCAGCCUUUGGUAUCCUGGUGUUCCCUCUUUACCUCAUGCAGCUGAGUACCAGCAGUGACACCUGUCACUGAUGCUUUAGUUUUGAUCUCCAAUCUGAGAUGUUGCCUUUUCCCUUGAAUCAUUCCAGGUGCUUGCUCCAGAAAUUACCAAAAUCAGCCGAGGGGCAGCUGCCCUGUAGGAUCAGCUGAGGGCAGCAGGGAGGGAGCAGAAUCCAGGGGGGGGUUGCAGACAGAUGGCAGCUCCAGGGGAAGCAGCAGCGAGGGAUUAAGAGCAGGAACACACAGGAGCUGUGCUUUAGGGAGUCAGUAUCCUUGGAUGACUCCAAAGGGCAUUUUAAUCCUGCCCAGCCUGCAUUUUUACAAACCAGAGCUGAGUUCUCAGCUGGGCCUGCCACCACUGUAGCAAAUGUGUCACCUGUGCCUUGCAGGACACCUUUCCCCAGGUGCAGCUGCCACCCUCCAGUGUCACUGUGCAGAAAAUGGGUGUUUUAUUUGCUGUUCCAGGGAACAGUUGGGCGAGCAAGAGCAAAGCCCAACACUGAUCUGAAUGUUCAUCACCAAUGACAUUUCUUAACUGAAUGUACAACAAAGCUGUGAAGAGUUGCCGGGGCCAGGCCAGGCCCAGGGACUCAGAUCCAUUGUAGGGCAGGGCUGGGACACGGGGUGGGAGUUAGGGAGGGAGGUUGGUACUUUGUAGACACUUUGAAAUUUGUAUCAAUUGCUGGUGACUUAGAAUUGUUCAUUUUUCACGUUCUGAUGACUUUGCUUGUGUUUCAGCUGGAGCCAGCUCCAGGCUCCCUGAUAGCCAUUUCUGUGUUGUACAGUGAACGUUCCCAAUAAAUCCUGUUUUAAUCUU